CGGAAUAGUGUAACGGUCGCAGCGCGCGCAGGUUUAUUAGCUGCAGCUGCCGCACGCGCUGGUUCUGCUCCUUUAAAAGCGCCGCUGCUCCGUUAAGCAUCUCGGGACGCGUCCUCUCAGCGGAGCGGCUCCUCCUCAGCAACAGCUGCGGGCUUUUAUGUGAAGAUAACAGCAGUAACGACGCCCAUAAAGGUUUGUGCUUGAAAGAUAAAGAACCCCUUCAUCUAAUAGCUCUUGGACUAAAGAUCACCAGUGAUGGAAGGCCAGUGAGUGGCUCUCUCUAUGGCUCAGAGGAAGAGGCCUGGGGCCAGCAGCAGCAUGGCCUCAGCAGAGCUUCACGCUGCAGCACCAUGCCCCUGCCCUGCCCCUUAUCCUAGCAAAGAGUGUGAAGAGCGACAGGACUCUGAAACCCCCGUACCCCCUUACUGUGACCAGGAGGAGGUGGACCUGCCCAGCAGCCAUCCUGCCACCCCAGAUCAUACCCACUCCAAUUACCAUGGCCAUCCAGACAGCCUCGAUGGAGACUCGAGCUCUGACUACGUCAACAAUACCUCAGAGGAUGAAGAGGACUAUGAUGAAGGGCUGCCUGAAGAAGAUGAGGGAGUGACAUACUACAUCCGUUAUUGUCCGGAGGAUGACAGUUACCUGGAGGGGAUGGACUGUAAUGAGGGCAGGUAUGGGCAUGCUGAGCCACCCCCAGACACAGACGAGUGCCAAGAAGCAGUGGAGGAGUGGGUAGAGGGUGAGGGUGAGGUGCGCUGCGAAGUUCUGGAGCAGGACUCUGACCAGCAGAUAUAUGACGGGAGACCUGAACCAGUCCUUGAUCACCAUCCACACCAUCAGUACCAGCACCAGGACCAAGUUCUUCCUCAAACCCAGGAACAAGAGGAGGAUGAUGAGGAGAGUGAGGAGUACUGUGCUAAUGAAGAGGACGAACCAGAGGAGGAACAAGACAGAGCAGUCUACACAGGGGACUACUAUGCCCCAGAGGACAAUGGGAACUCCAUGUAUGCAGGCCACAAGGUUGUAGAGGGUGAGGUAGGUGAAGAGACAGAGGAAGACAUUGAUCAGAUUGUGGCUGAGAUUAAGAUGAGCAUGAGCAUGGGCAGCCUAAGCAGUGGGGCUGAUCAGAGCCCAGAGGAGCUGGCACCUGUUCCCGCGUGUUACCAGGCUGAAGCUGAGCCCAAAGCCGAACCAGCACCUUACCCCCCACCACACCGCCAUGACGGCAGACCCAAAACUCUCAACAUCCCCCCUGCUGGGCACAACCCACAGCCACAGAGGGGCUCGAAAGGGCACUUGCACACCCCGGAGGAGAGGAGGAGAUGGGCACAGGAGCAGAACAGGGAACAGGUGUCAAACAGUGCAGAGCAGCCAAGAAAACAGCAACGCUCCGAUCUCAAUGGACCUCUGGAGAACAACAACGUCCCUGAGCCAUCAAAGAAGACAGCAUCUUUCCCCAGCUUUGUCGAUGUGCCAGGGCCGUGUGAGCCUGAGGACCUCAUUGAUGGGAUCAUCUUCGCUGCCAACUACCUGGGUUCCACACAGCUGCUGUCAGAGAGAAACCCAUCUAAAAACAUCCGCAUGAUGCAGGCACAGGAAGCCGUGAGCCGAGUAAAGAGAGUUCAGAAGGCAGCCAAAAUCAAGAAAAAAGCGAACUCUGAAGGGGACACACAGACGCUGACUGAGGUGGAUCUCUUCAUCUCCACCCAGAGAAUCAAAGUCCUCAAUGCUGACACACAGGAGACGAUGAUGGACAAUGCCCUGCGCACUAUCUCAUACAUCGCUGACAUUGGAAACAUUGUGGUUUUGAUGGCACGCAGACGCAUGCCGCGCUCGGCCUCACAGGACUGCAUUGAGACCACCCCAGGUGCUCCAGAGGCCAAGAAACAGUACAAGAUGAUCUGCCACGUCUUUGAGUCCGAAGAUGCCCAGCUCAUAGCCCAGUCCAUUGGUCAGGCGUUCAGUGUGGCCUACCAGGAGUUCCUCCGAGCCAACGGCAUCAACCCAGAGGACCUGAGCCAGAAAGAGUAUAGUGACAUCAUCAACACACAGGAAAUGUACAACGACGACCUCAUCCACUUCUCCAACUCAGAGAACUGCAAGGAGCUGCUGUUGGAAAAGCAGAAGGGUGAGAUUCUGGGUGUAGUAAUAGUGGAGUCUGGCUGGGGAUCCAUCCUGCCCACAGUGAUUCUGGCUAACAUGAUGAACGGAGGACCAGCUGCACGCUCAGGGAAGCUCAGCAUCGGAGAUCAGAUCAUGUCCAUCAACAACACUAGUCUGGUGGGGCUGCCACUCGCCACCUGUCAAGGCAUCAUUAAGGGUCUGAAGAACCAGGUGCAGGUGAAACUGAACAUCGUUAGCUGCCCUCCUGUGACCACAGUCCUCAUCAAAAGACCUGACCUCAAAUACCAGCUGGGCUUUAGUGUGCAGAAUGGCAUCAUAUGCAGUCUGAUGCGUGGAGGUAUAGCUGAGCGAGGAGGGGUCCGGGUUGGCCAUCGGAUCAUUGAGAUAAAUGGCCAAAGUGUGGUGGCCACAGCCCAUGAGAAGAUUGUCCAAGCAUUGUCCAACUCUGUGGGUGAGAUCCAUAUGAAGACAAUGCCAGCAGCCAUGUUUAGGCUCCUAACUGGCCAGGAGACUCCUAUGUACAUCUGACUGAAUGAAUGAUGUCUGUGGCUUAUUUAAGACUUUAAAAGGACACAUCUCUGUCUAAGGAUCUCUGUCUUUUGUCAGAUCAUCUCUCUUCUUUUGCUUCACAGAUAAUAACUUCUCUCUUCUUUUGCCCUAACCCCCAUAUAACAGUUGGCCAUUUUGUAAUGAUUCUGUGGAUUUUGUUUGUGACAUCGUGUGUAUACGCAGUGGGCAUUCGGUCAGAUGAUAAAAGACUGAGCCAAUGCAUAAUUUUUUCUUAUAUGCAAAUAAAAAGGGGAGCUCAUGUACAUUUA